AUGGAGGUUCUAUCUCGAAUGAUGAUAAAGCUAGAGGAUACAGCCAAUCAAAAAUCUUGUGAAGAGGUAAGGAGAACGAUAUAUAUUUUUUGCAAAAUUUCGGGUGAGGCAAUCAAUUUUGAUAAAUCCAGUGUUAUCUUCAGCCCUAACACCCCGGAUUUUGUCAAAAAUAAACUUAAACAGAUUUUAGAUACUCCCUGCACUGAUAAGCUAAGGAGAUAUCUUGGUUGUGAUGUGGAGAUUGAUGGGAGGUCAUUUAAAUCUUUCCAACCUCUAUUAGAUAAGGUUCAAAGAAAGAUUCUUUCAUGGAAGCACUUGAGUUUAUCUCAAUUAGGAAGGUUAAUUCUAAUCAAUGUUAUCCUUGUGGCUCUUUGUUCGAAUGUUUUAGCAGUUUUUCUUGUCCCGAAGAGGAUUACAAAGCAUAUUAAUUCUUCUUUAAUGAGGUAUUGGUGGAAGGGUACUGCAGAAGUCAAAGGAAUGUGUUGGACAAAGCGUACUGCUUUGGAACUCCCCAAAGGUUUGGGUGGAAUUUGCUUGCGCAAUAUUGACUUUUAUAAUAAAGCCUUUCUGGUUAAACAAGCUGUUAGAAUCCAUAACUCUCCAUCCUUAUUAAUAUUCAGAGUUAUGCGUGCUGCAUAUAAAUAUCCAACAGAAACUUGGCUCCCUUCAAAGAGAGUGCAGUUUAAAACUCAAGAAGCCAUAAGCAGAAAUGGUAUUACCAAGGUGAUGGAUUUAUUUCAUAGUACUACAAAAAUUUGGAAUGCUCGGCUGAUUUGGAGGAAGUUUGCCCCUGAUACAGCAAGAGAAAUUUUAAGCUUGCAUAUCCCAAAUGAUGAUAUUGACGGCCAAUUUCAUUGGAUGGCUAAUAAAAAUGGGCAAGCAACAGUCAAAUCCAUUUAUAAUCAUCUAGUGAUGGGCAAGGUCCCGAGCCAAAACAUGGAAAUGAGUGAAAUUUCUUGGAAGACGUUAUGGAGAAGUGAUUUACUUCCAAAAUGGAAAAUUUUCAUUUGGAAAAUUAUGAAUAAAUCUCUUGCUGUCAAAAGUAGAUUACGUAAAAGAGGAAUGAAAGUGAAUGUGGAGUGUUGUUUCUGCAAAGAGCCAGAGGAAAAUGAAACCCAAUUAUUUAGAGAUUGUCCCAUUUCUAUUCACACUUGGAAAGCAUCACCUUUGGGAAUCAAUGUUCAGAAUAAUCAACAUGUUGAUAUUGGAAAUUGGAUUAAGAAUUUUUUGAAGUUCUUUUGGAAAGAAGACAGGCAUGAUAGCCCGGGUGCUAGAACUUUUAUUGUUGUCUUAUGGUCAAUAUGGUUGCAUAGAAAUGAAUAA